ANCCCCCCAUCCUCCCGUGCCCCCUCAGAGGCGGGGGGGGCGGCGCCGUUCGUGGAGAUCCUGGAGCAGCCGAAGCAGCGCGGGAUGAGGUUCCGCUACAAGUGCGAGGGGCGCUCGGCCGGGAGCAUCCCCGGGGAGCACAGCACCGAGAGCACCAAGACGCACCCCACCAUCCGCGUGAGUGUCCCAGUAUGGACCAGUAUAAACCAUUUCCAGAAUUUGGGGAUUCAGUGCGUGAAGAAGCGCGAGCUGGAGGCGGCCGUGGCCGAGCGGAUCCGCACCAACAACAACCCCUUCAACGUGCCGGCGGAGCAGCGCGGCGGCGAGUACGACCUGGCCGCGGUCAGGCUCUGCUUCCAGGUGUGGGUGAGGGGCCCGGGGGGGCUGCGGCCCCUCCCCCCUGUCCUGUCCCAGCCCAUCUACGACAACCGUGCCCCCAGCACGGCCGAGCUGCGCAUCUGCCGCGUCAACCGCAACUCCGGGAGCUGCCGCGGCGGGGACGAGAUCUUCCUGCUGUGUGACAAGGUCCAGAAAGAGGACAUCGAGGUGCGUUUCUCGGCCGAGGGCUGGGAGGCCAAGGGUUCCUUCGCGCAGGCCGACGUUCACCGCCAGGUCGCCAUCGUGUUCCGCACGCCGCCCUUCCGGGACCCCGCGCUGCGCGCGCCGGUCACCGUGCGCAUGGAGCUGCAGCGGCCCUCGGACCGCCAGCGCAGCGCCCCCGUGGACUUCAGAUACCUGCCCCACCAGGGGGACCUGCAGUGCAUCGAGGAGAAGCGCAAGCGGACGCGGGAAACCUUCCGCUCCUUCAUCCAGCGCAGCCCCCUGCCCGGUGGGGGCCGGGGGGGGGGCUUUUGGGGGGCCCCUCCCUCACACCUCCUCCCCCCCCCAGCUCCCUCCUUCUCUUUUGGGGGUCCGGGGGGCCUCUUGGGGGUCCCGGCCCCCCCCGAGGCCGAGCCUUUGUCCGAGGCGCUGCUGCAGCUGCAAUUUGAGGAGGGGUCUCCCCAAAUGGCAGGGGGGGGCGGCGGCGUGGCCCCCCCGUUGGAUUUUGGGGCGCUUUUGGGGGACUCCCCGUUCCCCCCCCUGGACCCCAUCAACGCCUCCGAGGUCCAGCGCCUGCUGGGCCCCCCCGAGCCCCCCCCGAGCUUCGGGGACCCCUCCUCAGAUUUCGGGGGGGGUGUUUCAGAGCCGCCCCCCCACCCCCCGGAUUUCGGGGGCCCCCCCAUGCUGAUGUCGUACCCCGAGGCCAUCGCCCGCCUGGUGCAGAGCCAGCCCCCGGGGGCGCCCCCCGAAAUGGGGCUGGGGGCUGAGCUGGGGGCGCCCCCCGAGCUGGGGGGGCUGGGGGGGCCCGAGGACUCGCUGCCCUCCCUGGGGGAGCUGGACUUCAGCACCUUCCUCAGCCAGUUCCCCUCCUCCUGACUGGGAGCACUGGGACGGCUGGGGGCUGAGCU